CUCAGGCCGGCUCCCGGGGGCUCGAGGGCCACCAGCGAACCACUUGCCGGUGCAGGGGAGAGACUCCUGACCCCUGGCCCUUCACCGAGAAGCAGAGGCGCCGGGCGGGACCGCGCGCCGUGGACUGAGCAGGCACCUUGGGGACCACUUCUGCAGACCAGAGGCUUCCUUGUGAGAGGCUUCGCUCUCCCCCUGCCCGCCCCGUCCUUCCAAUCGUCUCCGUUGCCCGAGCAUCCGCGGUGUGGGGCCGGGAGCAGUGGGCUCCUCGCCAUCCGUCCGGAGUGUGAGGCUAGCACUGCCCCCGGCUGCCCCGCGCCUCGCCGGAGCCCGAGGGGGCGCGGGUCCGGGGCGAGGGCCGGCGGGCGUGUUUGAUGGCUUCACUGAGAAGAGUCAAAGUGCUGCUGGUGUUGAACUUGAUCGCUGUGGCCGGCUUCGUGCUCUUCCUGGCCAAGUGCCGGCCCAUCGCGGUGCGCAGCGGGGACGCCUUCCACGAGAUUCGGCCGCGCGCAGAGGCGGCCAACCUCAGCGCGCACAGCUCCAGCCCCAUCCAAGAUGCGGUCCUGAAGCGUCUCUCGCUGCUGGAGGACAUCGUCUACCGGCAACUGAAUGGCUUAUCCAAAUCUCUUGGGCUCAUUGAAGGUUAUGGUGGUCGGGGCAAAGGGGGCCUUCCUGCUACCCUUUCCCCCACUGAGGAAGAAAAGGCCAAGGGACCCCAUGAAAAGUACGGCUACAAUUCCUACCUCAGUGAAAAAAUUUCCCUGGAUCGUUCCAUUCCAGAUUAUCGUCCCACCAAGUGUAGGGAGCUCCAGUACUCCAAGGAGCUGCCCCAGAUCUCCAUCAUCUUCAUCUUUGUGAACGAGGCCCUGUCGGUGAUCCUCCGCUCAGUCCACAGUGCCGUCAACCACACGCCCACACACCUGCUGAAGGAGAUCAUCCUCGUGGAUGACAACAGCGAUGAAGAGGAGCUGAAGGCCCCCUUGGAGGAGUACGUCCACAAACGCUACCCUGGCCUCGUGAAGGUGGUGCGCAAUCAAAAGAGAGAGGGCCUGAUCCGAGCUCGCAUCGAGGGCUGGAAGGUGGCCACUGGCCAGGUCACUGGCUUUUUUGAUGCCCAUGUGGAAUUCACUGCUGGCUGGGCUGAGCCGGUUCUAUCCCGAAUCCAGGAGAACCGGAAGCGAGUGAUCCUCCCAUCUAUCGACAACAUCAAACAGGACACCUUUGAGGUGCAGCGGUAUGAGAACUCGGCUCAUGGGUACAGCUGGGAGCUGUGGUGCAUGUACAUCAGCCCCCCGAAGGACUGGUGGGACGCCGGAGACCCUUCUCUCCCCAUCAGGACACCAGCCAUGAUUGGCUGCUCCUUUGUGGUCAACAGGAAGUUCUUUGGUGAAAUCGGUCUUCUGGACCCUGGGAUGGACGUGUAUGGAGGAGAAAAUAUCGAACUUGGAAUCAAGGUAUGGCUCUGUGGGGGCAGCAUGGAGGUCCUGCCUUGCUCACGGGUGGCACAUAUUGAACGGAAGAAGAAGCCAUACAACAGCAACAUUGGUUUCUACACCAAGAGGAAUGCUCUCCGGGUUGCUGAAGUCUGGAUGGAUGAUUACAAGUCUCAUGUGUACAUAGCGUGGAAUCUGCCGCUGGAGAAUCCAGGAAUUGAUAUAGGCGACGUCUCUGAAAGAAGAGCUUUAAGGAAAAGUUUAAAGUGUAAGAAUUUCCAGUGGUACCUGGACCACGUUUACCCAGAAAUGAGAAGAUACAAUAACACCAUUGCAUAUGGGGAGCUUCGCAACAACAAGGCAAAAGACGUCUGCUUGGACCAGGGGCCACUGGAGAACCACACAGCAAUACUGUACCCAUGCCAUGGCUGGGGACCCCAGCUUGCGCGCUACACCAAGGAAGGCUUCCUGCACUUGGGAGCUCUGGGGACCACCACGCUCCUCCCCGACACCCGCUGCCUGGUGGACAAUGCCAAGAGCCGGCUGCCUCAGCUCCUCGACUGUGACAAGGUCAAGAGCAGCCUAUACAAGCGCUGGAACUUCCUCCAGAACGGAGCCAUCAUGAAUAAGGGCACAGGGCGCUGCCUGGAGGUGGAGAACCGUGGCCUGGCUGGCAUUGACCUCAUCCUCCGUAGCUGCACAGGCCAGAGGUGGACAAUUAAGAACUCCAUCAAGUAGUGGGCAGGAGCCGGGGCCCCUGGAGUCCGGCCUCUGGGACAGGGUCUUCCAUCUUCUGGACCAGCCACCCUGGUGGAGAGACAGCAAGAAGCCAGCAGGUGCUCACGGGCUUGGGGGCUUCUCCAGGGCAGCACGGGGCCCCAGGUGAAGACUUUGCAUUCCCAUCAGGCAUUCAGCUGCCAUGAGGCUCAUGCACCCUGGAAAAGCCCCCCAACCCUUCUCUGGGAACCCAGGAGCCAUGACUCCUGCAGUCUGAAUGUGGACCUGGUACCAAGGAGGGAAGCAUCUGCAUCUCCUUGUCGUCUUCCCACCUCCAAUCAGGACAGGGACUGGCAGGGUUUCCUCUCCCUUGGCUCUCCUGCAGCAGCAGCCUCUGAAUUCCACCCCAGCCCUCAGCAAGGUGUUAUGGUGGGGGUGGUGCUCAAUCACAUCCUAGCUCUGCCUCCUUGGAGGAGGCAGUGAAGCCCUGAGACUCAGUUUCCCUCGAGGUUGCUUCUUCUCAGAUGCCCAUGCACAACCCCAGACAGCAUCCACCCCAAACCUUUCCAUCAGAGGGCUUUGGAGGUGUCCAGUCUGGGUUUUUCUGGACCCUCCCUGUGAUGGCCUGGAAGGAGCUGAUGCUUCCAUGGGCCCCUUGGCAUCAGACUCCUAUGUGCCUGCUGCCUGCGCUGGAGGGAGCCAGAGACAGUAGGCUGAGCAUGCUGGUGGUCUCAUCUGGGAGAGGCCCCAGCAGCCAGGCCAGUGCAGCUCUGCCUGCCUGGGAACCAAGAAGCCCUGAUUCACAGAGGCUGCCACAGGGGGAGCAGCAAGGGGCCUCCCCCCGGAGCUUAAGGACUGAAGGCAGCAAAGCAAAAGGGACCAGGAUCCUUAAGGAUGCUCUGUGCUCAUUUCAUUUCACCCCAUGCUUUGCUGGCUGACAGCAGAAGGCAGUCGGUUCCUCUCUGAAGAGUAAUAAUUUUUUUUCGAUUGCCCUCUGGUUAGGGUGCAGUUAUAAAUCAGAGUUAAUAUAUGGACCUGGGUGCAUGUGCAGAAGUGUGUGGGCCUGUGUGGUGCCCUUGACUGGGGGUGUGUGGCUGCAUGUGUGCGUGUGCAUGUGUACCACGUGGCAGGUAUGUCUGGGUGUGUGCUUAUGAGUGCAUGGUAGAGUGGGUAUGGAAGCGUGGACUCAGGCUUGUCACUUCAUUGCUCACCUGGAUUGGGACAAGGUGUCUGAGAAGCUUAUGGUGUUGGCCACGUGUCUGUAACCAGGACGAUGUAGCACAGCCUUGCCCCAUGUGGUGCCCCGGAUGAGAGGAUUCCCUUCUGCCCGUUCCCUCUCUCCCUCCUGCUGCCCUGACCAGAACUGACUCCUGUAGUUGCCCAAUUUGGGGUUCACAGUGUCUGAUUUGGUGGCAUCUUAUUGGUGAUCAUCCCUCCUCAUCUCCCCCUUGUGAAAUAAAUACAUGUGAGCCUUCCCAAAGCAGCUUUGUUUGAUUCU